AGCAAUGGUUUCAUCAAGAAUAUAUUCUUCAAUACAAAUUAUCCUUAUAUUAAUCUUUACACAAAACAUCAGAUGUACAGAGGAAGGAUAUUUACGUUACGUUAAAGAUGGCUGCUUCAUAAAAGGAGAAGCACUCAAUUGCGUAAAAUAUAAGGCAUUGAAAAUAGCACAAAAAACGUUAUUCGGUGAUAACAUUAACUCAAAUGAAACGAUAAAGGCCAACCAUAUGAUAAGCUUCGUACCUUUAGAUUCGGAAAUGAUAGAAAAAUUUACGACCGACGAUAAAAAAGAUUCUGUUCUCAGUGAGCCUAAAGGUUUCAUGUCCGAGUGGUCAGAGCUUGCCAAAUAUUUUAUGAAGUUGAUUAAAGAUUUCUUUAGAGUGAAAGGUUUGAAAGUGAAUUUACCUGAAGAGGCUCGUGCUUUUGAGGAGGAGGAAGAUAUCAACGAUGGGCGGGGCAGAAGAAAGAAGUUAGCCAUCGUAAUCCCACUGCUCACUCUUCUAGCAGCGAUGAAGACGAAGUUCCUCCUCAUACCGGUUCUGCUAUCAGUUUUAUUGAUAAAGAAACUUCUGUUAGCUGCUGCGCUGUUGGUGCCGAGUUUGCUUAACACUUUAAAGGCUUGUAAGCAUCAUCCGAUGACGCACUACUCCUACUUCGGCGGCAGUGACAGUUCUGACUUCAGUUCUGACUACGGGAACAACUACGCCUAUUCUUCUAGUGGAGGAUAUGGGAAAGACUGGGCAUCUAAUAGAGCAUAUCAACCUAAACAUAGGCCAGCGCAAGCACCUGUCUAUAUAACUGCGCCGGGAACUGCUGUGUAGCUUCUCUUCAGUGUACAACCAAGACGCUCAUUUUUUCUGUCUGUUUGUCUGCUUCCCAGUGUCCCGCCGAGGCUUUGUCUAGAUAUUUAUAAUUUUGUGACUUAUGUAUUUAUUAAUGCAAUUUAU